AUGCACUUCAAUGAUUUAAACAACGAUGUACUCCAAAUGGUAUUCGACCUCCUUCCCCAGCGAGACAUCAAAACACUCCGCCUCGUUAACAAAGCCCUCAAAUUGAAGUUAAAUCUUUCCAUCAAACGCCUCUUCCUGUCGCCAAAUCGUGCCAAUAUCGAUGUGUUCAAGGCUGUUCUCGGGCAUACCAACUUUAGGGAGCAGGUCCAAGAGAUAGUCUGGGAUGACGCGCGUCUAGAGAAAUAUGAUGAUCGCCUGCGCAAAGAGAUUGAGGAGCAAGAGUCCUUCGUCCACAGCGUUCUGGAAUUGAGGCGUAAAGAGCUGUGGGGUGAUGCUGGAUGGCUGAGCAUAGAGGAAAGUCUCCGCCUGUACCGUGCUCUCUAUGACGAACAGGAGGCGAUCAUCAAUCUCCAGGAAGACGUGGCGACGUUACGGCGGGGGUUGCUAGAGCUGCCGAAUCUGGAAUGA